AUGAAGAGAAAUAGCCUGUUCUCCUCCUGCAUAUGUCUCUUGUGGCUGUUGACAGCAGUGGUGCUUCAAGCUGUAGAAUCAGCUAAAGGAAAAUAUGCUCACAUGCUGUUUAAUGAACUGUUCGAAGACUAUUCAAAUGCCUUAAGACCAGUGGAAGACACAGAUAAAGUACUGAACGUCACCCUUCAGAUCACAUUGUCCCAAAUUAAAGACAUGGAUGAAAGAAACCAAAUUUUGACGGCUUACCUGUGGAUUAGACAAAGCUGGCAUGAUGCAUACCUCAAAUGGGACAAGGAUAAAUAUGAUGGGUUGGAUUCUAUCAGGAUUCCAAGCAGUUUGGUUUGGAGACCAGAUAUUGUCUUAUAUAACAAGGCUGAUGACGACUUUUCAGAACCAGUGAAUACUAAUGUUGUGUUGAGAUAUGAUGGAAAAAUCACUUGGGAUGCACCAGCUAUCACGAAGAGCUCAUGCGUAGUAGAUGUAUCUUAUUUUCCUUUUGAUAGCCAGCAGUGCAACCUUACAUUUGGGUCCUGGACCUAUAAUGGUAAUCAGAUAGACAUCAUCAAUUCUCUUGAUAGUGGUGACCUCUCUGACUUCAUAGAAGAUGUGGAGUGGGAGAUUCAUGGUAUGCCAGCAGUUAAGAACGUAGUAACUUAUGGCUGCUGCUCUGAGCCUUAUCCAGAUGUGACAUUCACGCUAAUUUUGAAGAGGAAGUCAUCUUUCUAUAUAUUUAAUCUGUUGCUCCCUUGCAUUUUGAUCUCUUUCCUGGCCCCACUGGGAUUCUAUCUCCCUGCAGAUUCUGGGGAAAAAGUGUCUCUGGGUGUUACAGUUCUUCUUGCUCUGACUGUGUUCCAGCUGAUGGUUGCAGAGAUCAUGCCUCCCUCUGAAAAUGUGCCUUUGAUAGGCAAGUACUAUAUAGCAACUAUGACGAUGAUCACAGCUUCCACUGCACUGACAAUCAUUAUAAUGAAUGUCCACCACUGUGGCUCAGAAGCAAAGCCUGUCCCACAGUGGGCCAGGGUGGUCAUUUUGGACUACAUGUCAAAAAUCUUCUUUGUUUAUGAUGUGGGUGAAAACUGCACAAGUCCACAAAGAAAGAAAGAACAAGAACAGAAGUUAGAAAGGGAUGACAGAUGUCAGAGGAGGCACAAAGAGGAAAGGAGUCACCUUUCUGGUAGAAAUGACUGUGAUCUCAAGGAGAAGCGGAAUGGAAAUCUAAAUAAAAGCUGUGGAAUUCAUGGUGGAAACAUUAGGGAGACUGUUGAUUGCUGCUCUUGUUACAAAAUACUGAUAAAAAAUAUCGAGUAUAUUGCUAAUUGUGUUCGAGACCAUAAAGUGAACCGGGCCAAAGGAGUUGAGUGGAAAAAGGUAGCAAAAGUGAUGGACAGGUUCUUCAUGUGGAUUUUCUUUAUCAUGGUAUUUUUUAUGAGCAUGCUGAUCAUUGGGAAAGCAGCUUAA